UUGUUUGCAAUGAUGAUGAACUUCUUUUGCCCACUGAUCAUGGCAUGUGGUCUUUAUUUGAGGUACUAUUAGAUGACAGACCUGAGGCAACUGUGGAACCUGUCUCCAUGAUUUUGACUAGUAUAUCCAUUUUUUUUAUGAGAGAUACCCUUCUUUCAAUUUUCUCUAGAACUGAACUGGUUCUCAUCAGCAAGGAGACCUGGUCUGAAAUGCAGGAUCUGCAAAUUUCCAGGACCUCAACCCAUGUGAAGUCUGCUGUGGAUGAUGGAAAUUGCCAAGUAUUUAAAGAAUUGUUGAACGCCCCCUUUAUCCUUCCUUUCUCCUCUUCUAGUGUAGAUAGUAUGCUGUUUCUAGCUCAUUGCAGGAGGCAAAAGAUUUUGAUGCAACUUGCAUUGGACCAUGGAGCUGACAUAAGUUACGUAUUUGCAGGGAAACCAAUGUUACAUCAUGCGUGUUUCGAUGUUUCAAUGGUUAAACUGUUGCUUGAAAAAGAUGCAGAAGUAGAUUUGGUGGAUGACGAUAAGAUGACUGCUCUUCAUCAUGCUUGCAAGAAUUAUGAUAGCAUAGAAUUAAUAGAGACCCUCCUAGAGGCAGGCGCCUCUAUUGAUGCAAGAGCAAAUGAUGGCUCGAAUGCCCUGCACUUUGCUGCAGAUCCUGAAUGGAUUGAUUGCCAGGUGAAUCCAGCAAUAAUAGAUCUUCUUGUAAAUAGGGGCAUUCCUGAUGUCGAUUCAAAGAAUGAUAUGGGUCUCACACCUCUCGGUGUUGCAACCAAUUGCCAAUUGAUGAAAGCACUUUUAGAGAAUGGAGCAGAUGCUAAUAACAUGGGCCCGAACCAAGAGACAAAUUUAUAUAAUUUUGCUGAAGAUGGGGAAAAUAUUCUGGAACAAGUUAAAAUUCUGUUAGAUUUUGGCCUUCUGAUUGAUUUGAAGCAUAUCAGUAAUAAUUUUAUCCUAAAAGAAGUGCUUAUCUUUUUGAUGUAUAUCAAUCCUGAAGUAUUUAGCUAUGUUCUGGAAAGGUGUUUUGUUCAUCACCUACCUCUGACAAAAGCUCAAAUUAAUGAACUUGCUUUCAUGGACGGCGCAAAUGAUAAUCUACGAAAUAGGAGAAUUUUUGCGCGCCAUCUAGCAAAAAUUAUAUCGUUACAACAAGAUGUUUGUGAUGAUGAUACUGCUCAGUCUGUCUGGAAUGAGGCAGAAAUCACCUUCAGUCAGUUUAAGAAGAAAUGUGAAUCAGAAGUCAGUCAGAUGCAAAGACACAUAAUUCCUGGAACAGAUCUGUCUGUUUAUGAUGUAUUAAUGAUGAAUGAGUACAGAGUCGCAUGUCUCCUGCGAAACCCACUUGUAGAGUUUGAUCAACAGGAAUUAGAAGAAUUGUUUCCCUCAUAUAGAAAAAUUUUAAUGUAUCAUAUACAUGAAGGACAUAACCGAUUUUCCCUGCAGAAACAAGCCAUUUGCAGCUACGAAUCUCUAUCUGUCCAUUUCAGAAGUAUGCCUGACAAAAUUAAGAUGAAAAUAACAUUCUACCUCAGCGUUCCUGAUAUCAUGAAUUUGAAACGAGCUUGCCAUCAGCCAGGAAUUUCUUUAUGUUUCAGUGAAGACAAGAGUAACGAACGCAUCCAAAGCCUUAUUCUGCUCUCCAAAAAUGUCGAUGAUCACAGAUCUGGGAUACUCUUGAGUAAGGCCACAAUAAGAGCAGAAACGAGCCCUGCUUCACUCUCGCAAGUCAUCAGAGUAGCAGCUUUUCUUCCUACAGUUUACUGUAGAAAGCAAUUAGGUAUAGUGAAAUUAUUUAGAAAUAAUGGCAUCUUCAUAGUCAGCAAUGAUGACAAGUUGAGGUUGCAGAAAGGAAAUGAUUCGUGGGACUUAAUUGAAAUACAUCUUGACCAAAACUCUCUGGCACAGAAAGAAACCCUAACUGUGAUCUCGAUGAAUAACAAAUCUGAUGGCGGGCGCGGUAAGCACGAUCUUGAAUGGAUUUUUCACAAUACAAGCCUCAAAAUCCAGACAGAACGCUCUCUCCAAAAAGCUGCCAAAACACAACCAGCCGUUGACAGCACAAAUUUUGAAGUUUUCAAGCAUAUCUUGAGUCAUAAAUUCAUCAUUCAGUAUUCACUCGUAUUGCCACAGGAAAUUGGGAGCCUUCUGACAGUUGCCUCCAACAGAGGGCAGGAGAUCUUGGUCCAAUUGGCGCUAGACUAUGGUGCCAAUGUUGACUUUAUAAGCAGCAAAGGUCGCACAGCUUUACAUUGGGCCACUCGCAAUGGUGCCCUUCCUCCAGUUAAAAUUCUCCUCAAAAAUGGUGCUGAUGUUAAUAAGAAGGAUGGAAAAGGUUGGACGCCUCUUCAUUUUGCUGCCAAUCAAGGACACCUGGAAAUCGUAAGGACUCUCUUAUUAAAUGGAGCUGAAAUCAAUCCAACAGGUAGUGAUGACCGCACACCCUUACACUGGGCUGCUGGUAACGGUUUGGUUGCAGUUGUCAACCUUCUACUUGAUGAAGGCGCAAAUGUCAAUGCCGAGGAUGAGGAUGGUUACACACCUCUUCAUUUUGCAACGAAGCAAGAACAUUUGGAUGUGAUGGAAUUACUCGUCCUAAAUGGCACAGAUGUCAAUUCAAAAGCAAAAGAUCGAGGCUAUACCCCUUUGCACCUCUUAGCAUACCAUUGGAUUUGCCCCCAAAACGCGGUAGUCCAGUUGCUUAUUGAAAGAGGCGCUGCAGUUGAUACCAAAGACAACAACGGCAAUACACCAUUGCAAGUUGCUGUGGCUAAUACAAACGUUUUAUGGACAAGUGUGGUCCAGCUGCUUAUUGAUGGUGGUGCAGAUGUAAGCUCAAAGGACCGACUUUUUCGCACUCCAUUACAAAAUGCGGGAUCAUUCGAAAUGAUGAAAGUACUACUUGAAAAUGGAGCCGACCCCAACGAGUCUGACUCAAGUCAAUUAAGAGCUCUUCUUGAAGAGAUCGAUUAUGAAGGUCCGAGUAGAAUCCAGGUGUGGUUAGAUCAUGGAGCAUGUGUGGAAAGAAAAUUUGAUGGCAAGUCAGUGUUAGCGUGGGCUUACCUGUGUGGACGUUCGAGCACCAAAGCAUUUGAGUAUGUCCUUGAGCGCUGUUUCAUCAAUCCCUUUUCUCUAAUAGGAACUGAAAUUCAUGAGACUCUGUUUCACCCUACUUUUGACCUCCAUCAUUACGCAGGGAUGGAUGGUGCGAAUCAUCGCUCUGUCGUCUGUUCGCAACCCUACAUCCGUCAUCUUGUCAAGAUCAUGUCCUUGAAUCUUUAUGAAUUUAUUGAUAUUGAUAUUGAGUCCAUUUGGCAUUGGAGAGGAGAAACCUUCUCAGAUUUCAAAGAGAAAUGUGAAGCAGAAGUCAAUAAAAUGAAAGGUCAACUAAUUGCUGGGGCUUAUCUAUCAGUUUUCGAUGUUUUAGCCAAAAGUGAAAAUGAAAUUUCCUGUCUCCUGAGAAACCAAUCUGUUGUAAGUGUUAUUAACCUUCUCUGUAUAAAAGAGUCAUUUCCCAUCUAUGGAAACAUUCUGACUCAUCACAUCGAGAAAGGACGGAAUAGAUGCUCCUUUCAAAAACGAGGCAUCUGUUGGUUUAGCCGCCUGUCUGAUCAUUUUAAGAGUCUUCCUUUCGAAAUCAAGGACAAUAUCACAAGUUAUUUGAGUGUCAUUGAUAUAUUGAAUUUGAGGAGAGUCUGCACUCAUUCAAUGGCUGCUAAGAGGCGGAAUUCUUCUUCUCGAACUCUGUUGAUGAGCUCAUCAGUCAACACAAGAAUACAUUUAAGACUUGUCUUCAUUUUUGGACAGCAGUAUCAUUCCAAGGACUUCUACUACACUGAGUUUUCGACUGAUAAAAUUCACCUUUCUCCACGCUGUCCAUUUAGCAGUUGUAUCAUGGCACACUAUGUGCAAGGCCUUAUCUUCUUACAAAGGAGAAAGAAGUUCUUUGUUGACGAACAUAUGCUUUACAAUCCAGGAACAAGCACAGUAGAAGCCUCAGCGUAUGCUUUUUUGCCCACUGGCUUCACCACAGAUCAUCCUGGUAUGCUGAGAUUUUUUCAAGAACGACAAAUUCAUGUCCUUAAUGAUGAAAAUGUGUCCAUCUUGCUUCCGGAGGUUCACUCGCUGCGUAGCAUUGAAAUUCUUCUUGUUCAAAGAAAUCCAUUUUCUUUACCUCAACUGUGUGUUUAUCGUUGUUUGGACAGUAAAAACACCAUCGCAAGUCUUUUAAAUAUUCCAAUUUCUACUGUUGGCAACAGGCAGGUGAAAUGCAUCCACCCUGUUAUUGAUGACUAUAAUUUAAAGCUCCUUGAACGACUUUUCAGCUGCAGAACUGACAUUCCUUGCAAUUUCGGCCCAUACCGUAAUGGAUAUCUCUUGCACAUGGCUGCUAAAACGGGUCAGCUAGCACUUGUGAGUUCUCUGCUGAACCAUGGUGCAGAAGUCAAUUGCAAGGAUGAAUUUCACAAGUACACAGCUGUGCACCAUGCUGUGUUUGGUGGUUUUGCGUCAAUCGUUCAGCUGCUUGCUGACAAAGGUGCUGAUCUCAACGCUAAGGAUCUGAACGGUUGUUCCCCGCUGCACUAUGUUAACCACUUUGAUGUAGCAAAGACUCUUCUGGAAAACGGUGCAGAUGUUAAUAGUAUGGAUGGUGAUGCGGUAACACCUCUGUCCAGAAUAAUCACUGUAGCUGAAUCUAAUCUCACCUCGGAUCGAUCAAAUUUUGUGAAGUUGUUUUUGACGUAUGGAUCUCGUUUGGAAGACAGGGACAAGUCAGUCCUGAGAACUGCAUACAAAGCGCAGAGGCCGGAAACAUUCCUAUACCUCCUUGAAAGCUGCUUCACAGACCCUGCUCUCUUGAAAGGAACGUCAGUUCACACAGAUGUGUCUCGUGUGUGUUUCAGCAUGGUAUCUAAAGACUUGUCUGCAAUGCAUAAAAUGCUGCCUCACCAUGUGGUCAAAAUAAUUACUCUUCAUCAGAGUCCUCUCUUUGACAAUGUCAUCAAUUCACUCUGGACAGGAAUGACUAGUCUUGCCAAAUUCAAAAGUCUGUGUGAAACAGAAGUGGAAAGUUUAAAAAAUCGAAUGUGCUCUGAUCCCGAAUUGUCUUUAUUCGAUAUUUUGCUCACCAACGAACGUAAAGUGUCUCGCCUGAUGGAAAAUGAUUCGGUGGCGAAGGUGAUAAACAUCAAAGAUAAGGAACUGGAUGAAAAGUUUCCCAUCUAUGCUCCAUCAACUGAACCCUCUAUGAUGUCCUCAGAGUUUACUUUCAAUGCCUGCCCUACACAGGGUGAAGCUUCCAAUACCUCCGAUAUGUCGACUUUGUCCAUUGAGCCCUGUGAGAGAACCAUGUCAAGCCAUCCCCUAUUUCAAUGCCUAAUCUUUACAAUCAAUAACCAGUCUCCAGCCACCUCAAACAGUGCAUCGUCAGCCUCAUCAGGGAACGUGGCUUACGCUCUUUUGCCUGACAAUUUCUUGAGGGAACACACCAAUAUACUUAGACUUUUUGAGCGUAAAAACAUCGCUAUCCUCAAUGGUGAAAGUGUCCUUGCUCUUCUCUCAAAAGUGAACGAGCUGCUUGUUCUGGAAAUUCUCUUGGAUGGCAGUCCAUCAGCCACUCUGGACCCACUUUAUGUAGCUACCUCUGCCAGCUGUCAUAGUGACGUCCAAAGGCUUCUUGGCGUCAACCCAGAACAAAUCAAAGAAGGAGAGUACGAUAAAAUUCACUCUGCCCUUGAUGAUGAAAACCUGAAAGUCAUCGAGCAAAUUUCUAGCCGAAGACCUGAUAUCCCUUGUAAGUUUAAUAAUAUACAUGGGAACCUAUUACACAUGGCCGCAAGAACAGGUCACUUAGCCCUUGUGAUUUUGUUACUGGAUAAUGGUGCAGACAUCCAGUGCAAAAAUAAUGCUCUAGGUUGUACACCACUACACCAAGCCGUUUCUAGUGGCUCUGAGCGCAUAGUUAAACUUUUCAUUGAUAGGGGUGCCAGUGUCAAUCUUAAGGACAGUGAACUUCGUACUCCAUUGCAUUAUGCCAGACAUCUAGAUUCGGCAAAGGUUCUCCUGGAAAGUGGUGCUGAUGUAAAUGCCCUAGAUAGAGAUGGAAAAUCACCUCUCCUCAGAUACCUGCAAGACCCAGCCGGAGAUAGUGUCUUCAAACUUCACCAGGCUGGUUUGCAGUUGUUUUUGAAGUACGGAGCUCAAGUUGAGGGGAAGUACGAGCGCAACCUUAUCCUAAAAUUGAUCCUGGAAAGGUCGUAUGUUCCCGUCUUUCAAUAUCUUCUGGAAUGCUGUUUUGUGGACUCCUCGAUAUUUCAAGAUAAUGCUCUCCAUGAUGCUACCUGUGGCAUACCUGAAGACCUUAUUAAAGAGUGUCCUCAUUAUUUCCACGAGCUGGGCAGAACAUGGGACAAUAUUAAUUGGGUUUUCUCUCGCCAUUUGGUUAAAGUAGCAACACUCCUGCAAAUUCCUGAUUCAGAAAAUGUAGUUGAAUCUAUCUGGCGGGGAGGAAAACGCCGCCUUGUCAAAUUUAGGAAAGUUUGUGAAGAAGAGGUGAUUCGACUGAUAAGUUUUCAGAUUGCUGAAACUGGAGUAUCACUGUUUGAUAUUUUGACAAGCAAAGAAAAAAAAAUCGCCAGGCUGCUUGAAAAUGAAUCAAUUGCAGUAGGUCUCAGUUCUUUAGAAUUUAGCGAACAGUUCCCAGAGUUUGGUAACAUAAUGAAAUACCAUUUAGAAAAAGGAAAAAAUUGGAAGGUAUUUCAGGAAGAAGGCUGCAAGAGCUUCAAGAUCUUGUCCUGCCACUUCAAAGCUCUACCUGAUGAAAUUAAAGAAAAAAUUAUCAAUUUUCUCAGCCCUACAGAUAUUAUGAAUUUGAAAAGGACUGUUGUAAUUCUUGCCAAGGCCUAGAAUUGAAAGUUUAACCUCGAUUUUAUAGAAAUCUGUGCACCAAUCGUCUAAGUGUGUUAUCUUCCUUAAGUCAAUCUAACUCUUUGGACUGAGUUAUAGAGGGAGGCUCUAUCACAAUAAUGUUAUUUUCAUGAAGCAUCAAUAACCUUCAAUCAUGCAAAACCGCCCGCUAUCCAGUUUGUCGAGUUAAUUCUUUCAUGUGCAACUCUCAUUUCUAACGAACGUUAUCACAGUUAAAGGGACUACUUACCUAUUCGAAUUUCUUAAAUUAUAAAUAUUUGAAAUCGUCUCCUUCCCGCUAAAACAUCACAGAUGUUGCUGGGCAUCCCAUUAUUGUUGGAAUUUUUUCUUCAAAGCUUCUGCACACUUCCAUGAAAAAUUCAGAGAUUAAUCUUGAUGAUACAAGAAAUGGUAGGUGAAAUUUUUAAGUGAUGAUGUUCAUUAGUUGUUCCAGCAAAAAAAUUGGACAAGUGUGACAAGUCGAAGCAAAAAGCUUGUGAUACUUUGGCUGGAAGCUGAGAAUAUAUUAAAUUUCAGAGACUUGAAACUUUACAGGUACUCUGGAAAAUAUUGAAUUUUUGAGGUAAUUUUUUUGUCUUUCGAAGUUCAAUGCUUAGGUGCCAUAUUCUUUCUUGAAUUGAAUAAGUAUAUAUUUCAAUUUAAUGAAAACAGAAAUAAAUUUUUUCUGCUGCUUUUUGC